AUUACUGGUAACAGUGUAGUGGUACGAUUUGUUUUAGAUUUCGCUACACUUAUUAACGACUCUCAAAAAUUAUGAAUGUUAUAAUAUAUUAGAUUUCGGGUUUUCGCGUACAAUGUGCGCACCGUUAGCCCAUACGCUCCAGCUACAACCCAAACGUUCUACCUCCAGCCUUUCCAAAGCGACAUAAAUGUUUCAGAUUACCACUCCGUGACGGCCACAAUGAGAAACCGUGUUGUGUCGUUACUGCUGCUGCUGCUUCUGCUGAGCCCCCAACAUGCCACCUCAUCCAAAGGCGUCAGUGCAAGUCUCAAAGCCAAGUGGAGCAUGACCCCAUUUCUAUUGGAAACAUGUGAAUUUGUCGGGGAAGAUGGAAAUGAAAAAUUCUGGCAGUUUGUUGACACUGUGAAAGAGCUCACUGUUUACAAGCAAGGAGAGUCUGUGCGGUCCUACUUCAAUCUGAUUGUUAAAAAAGCUGGCCAGUUCCUCACGGACCUCCAAGUUAAUCUCCUCAAAUUUGCUUUGUCAUUACGAACCUACUCCCCAGCGGUCCACGCAUCCCAGCAGAUUGCAAGUGAUGAACCUCCUCCUGACGACUGCACUGCAUUUGUGUCUGUCCAUAGCCAGCACACCUGUAGCCCCAAGGACAUAAAGAAGCUCCUGAAGGCAGCUGCAGGCAGGCCAAAACCUUACUUAUACAAAGAUGAUCAUAUAUACCCUGGUGGAAAUAAAACCGAAGUGCCUAUUGUGGUCUUGUACGCUGAAAUUGGGACCAAGAAGUUUACAUCGUUUCACAAGGUGUUGUCUGAGAAGGCAGAGGAGGGCACACUUUUGUAUGUGCUUCGGCAUUAUAUAGAAAAAUCACAGCCUAAACCCAUGCUUCUGUCUGGGUAUGGUGUGGAGCUGGCUAUCAAAAGCACUGAAUACAAAGCUGUGGAUGACACUCAAGUUAAAGACUCGAGGGCACCUUUGGCUGGUGACGAUGAUGGAAAUGAUGAAGUUCAAGGUUUUCUGUUUGGGACUUUAAAGAAAGCUCACCCAGAACUGAAGGAAGAACUUGGUGAACUGCGUAAACAUCUCCUUGAGAGCAUGAAUGACCUGGCUCCACUCAAAGUGUGGGAACUUCAAGAUUUGAGUUUUCAAGCUGCUACUAAAAUCCUUUCUGCACCGAAGUUUGAUACUCUGAAGAUAAUGCAAGACCUGAGUCAAAACUUUCCAAGUAAAGCGAGAUCACUGACAAGGGUGGCAGUAAAACAGGAAAUGAGAAAAGAAAUUGAGGAGAACCAAAAGCACCUCAGUGAGACUGUUGGCGUGCACCCUGGAGACGGAGAGCUCUUUAUCAAUGGGCUUCAUAUUGAUCUGGACGUUCACAACCCAUUCAGCAUUUUGGAUAUCCUCAGAGGAGAGGCUAAGGUUUUAGAGGGGCUUCAUAAUCUAGGCAUAAAAGGGGAGCAUCAAGCCAAACUGCUAAGAUUACCUGUGAGCCAUGUGGACGAUAGUUAUGCCCUAGACAUCAGAGAUCCAGCUAUAAUGUGGUUUAAUGACAUUGAGAAUGACCCAAUGUACCGCAGCUGGCCAUCGGGAGUACAAGAGCUCCUCAGAGCCACAUUUCCUGGAGUCAUCCGACAGAUCAGACGCAAUUUCUUUAACCUGGUCUUGUUCCUUGAUCCAGUCCAGGAGGAGAGCGUGGAGCUAAUGAAACUGGCAGAGCUUUUUUACAAGCACAAGAUUCCCCUGAGGAUUGGAUUUGUGUUUGUUGUCAACACCAAAGAAGAGAUUGAUGGCUUCUCAGACGCUGGGGUGGGAUUUUACAGACUGCUAAAUUACAUUGCAGAAGAAUACGAUUUAUCCCAGGCCCUAUUGUCUACAGUCUCACUGUACAACAAAGUAGAUGCAGGGGAGCAGCUUUCUGUGGAUACUAUCUCUGCCUACCUCAAGAGAAAAUUCCCCAAAGCCAAUGCAGAGAGGAUACUGGGUCCGGAUUCAGAAUACGAUGAAAGAAGAAAGGAAGGAGCACUCUUCUAUAAGAAAAGUGGCCUUGGUGCUCUUCCUCUGGCUUUAUUUAAUGGAGUCCCGCUCAGCCCAGAUGAGAUGGACCCAGACGAACUGGAGACUGUCCUGCUGCAGCGCAUUAUGGACACCACCAACGUCUUUCAGAGAGCUGUUUUCAUGGGUCAGUUGACAGAAGGCACUGAUGUGGUUGACUAUCUGAUGGAGCAAGCCAAUGUAGUCCCCAGGAUGAACUCUAUUAUUUUAAGCAAUGACCGGAAGUACCUCGACUUCACCGCCAAUCCAAUUGUACACGACUGGGAGGAUACAACUAUGUUUUCAUAUCUGGACUCGAGAGACAAAACGGCUGUAGUGGCCAAAAAAAUGAAAUACUUUUCAACUAGUGAUUCAAAUGAAGUGAAUGCUGUGACCAUGUGGGUAGUCGGGGAUUUUGACAAGGUUUCAGGAAGAAAACUGUUAAUCAAUGCUUUGAAACAUGUGAAAGUCAGCCGUGGAGUACGUGUUGGGGUGAUAGACAACCCCAAAGGCAAACUCACAGAAGAUAAUACUGUACUGUAUCGGGCAAUAUGGGCCGCACUGCUAACCCAGAAGAAGAAGGCUGCAGUGGAAUUUGGACUCAAACUUCUGAAAGAGGAAAGCAACCAGCUAUCACAGAAGGGCAGCAAGAUGAAGGAGUUUCUACUAAAAGGAAUGGAUGAUGAUGCCUUUGAGAAAAAGUUCAAUACAAUGGAAGUGGAUUUUAUUCAGAGCCAGCAGCUGUUCUGCCAAGAAGUGUUGAAGCUAGGUCCUGGAGAGCGGGCAGUGAUCAGUAAUGGCAGGAUUCUUGUUCCAUUUAACGAGGAGGAAGAGUUCACUGUAGACGAUUUCCACUUGUUGGAGAAGAUUACUCUGAGUGGUUCUGCAGAGAAAGUCCUAGCCAAGGUGCAAGAGAUGGGAAUCAAGCCAAAGCAGGCCAUAGACUUGGUGAUGAAAGUUGAUGCCCUCCUAAAUACAGCACCCAAAGGAGAGGUCAGACGGGACAUCCGCUUUUUGAAAGAUACACACAGUGUUCUCCACCUGUCUCCACGGGAACAUGAGGUCUUCUAUGAUGUGGUGGCUAUUGUUGACCCUCUCACGAGAGCAGCACAGAAGCUGUCAUCAUUACUCAAUGUGCUCGGUCAAGUGGUCAACAUGAGGCUGCAGCUGUUUAUGAAUUGCAAGUCCAAGCUAUCCGAGAUGCCCCUCAAGAGCUUUUAUCGUUUCGUCUUGGACCCCGAUGUAAAGUUUUUAGCCAAUGAUACAGUAUCAGCAGGACCUGUGGCACGCUUCCUGGACCUCCCCGAAUCCCCCCUCCUCACCCUCAACAUGAUCACCCCUGAGAGCUGGAUGGUGCAGGCGGUGAACAGUCCACAUGACCUGGACAACAUUCACCUGCUGGAGGUGAGUGGAAUUGUUUCUGCAGAAUAUGAGCUGGAGCACCUUUUGCUGGAAGGCCACUGCUUUGACCUUUCAACUGGGCAGCCUCCCCGUGGACUGCAGUUCACUCUGGGCAUGAGCCAGAAUCCACUUAUGUAUGACACCAUUGUCAUGGCAAACCUGGGGUAUUUCCAACUGAAAACCAAUCCGGGUGCGUGGAUCCUGCGGUUACGUAAAGGAAGAUCAGAAGACAUCUAUCAGAUUGUGGCACACGAUGGCACUGACUCUCCUGCUGAUGCUGGUGACGUUAUUGUUGUACUUAACAGUUUCCACAGCAAGAUCAUUAAAGUCAGAGUACAGAAAAAGCCUGAUAAAAUCAACGAAGAUCUUUUGAGUGAAUCGACUGAAAGCGGAGGCAUCUGGGACUCCAUUGCAAGCAUCACUGGUGGUGGCUCUAAGAAGGAGGACGCAGACAAGAAGAAAGAGGAUGUUCUGAACAUAUUUUCUGUGGCCUCGGGACAUUUGUAUGAGCGGUUUCUUAGAAUAAUGAUGCUGUCUGUCCUUCGGCACACCCAGACACCUGUCAAGUUCUGGUUCCUCAAGAAUUAUCUCUCACCAUCCUUUAAGGAGACCAUCCAUCACAUGGCCCAGGCGUACGGUUUUCAGUAUGAGUUAGUGCAGUACAAAUGGCCUCGCUGGCUCCACCAACAGACAGAGAAGCAGCGCAUCAUCUGGGGAUACAAAAUCCUCUUUUUGGAUGUUUUGUUCCCAUUAGCUGUGGAUAAGAUCAUUUUUGUGGAUGCUGACCAGAUAGUACGUGCUGAUUUGAAAGAGUUGAGGGACUUGGACUUGGAGGGUGCACCUUAUGGCUACACACCGUUCUGUGACAGUCGUAAAGAGAUGGACGGUUAUCGCUUUUGGAAGUCUGGGUACUGGGCUUCACAUCUGGGACACAGAAAAUAUCACAUCAGUGCACUGUACGUGGUGGAUUUGAAGAAGUUUCGUAAAAUCGCUGCUGGGGACAGAUUACGAGGCCAGUACCAAGCAUUAAGCCAAGACCCUAACAGUUUGUCUAACCUUGAUCAGGAUCUUCCAAACAACAUGAUCCACCAGGUAGCAAUCAAGUCUCUGCCGCAGGAGUGGCUGUGGUGCGAGACAUGGUGUGAUGACAAGUCCAAAACAACAGCCAAAACUAUAGAUCUGUGCAAUAACCCAAAGACCAAGGAGCCCAAGCUCACAGCAGCAGCCAGGAUCGUGCCUGAGUGGGUUGAAUAUGACAACGAGAUCAAGCGGCUACUGAGAGGAGUCCAAGAGAAACAGGAGACAGUAUUAGAAAGGCAGGGCUCAUCCUCACGGACAAAAGAUAUCCACAAAGAUGAACUUUAGUAUCUGCCAGAGUCAUACUGUACACGAGGAGGCUGCAUCAUUUGCACACAGGGCACCUGUGAAUCUUAAAGACAUUUCCAAACCAAGUGUUACACCCUCAUCCUGAGGGUACAUAUUUUUAUACAUGUCACGCUGUGUUGGUUGGCGGUGUGGCUUUUACUGAAAAUGCAUUUUAAAAAAAGCACAUUGUUGAAUCAAUAAAACUUAGAAAUGGCCAUUUCCUGCACUGAAAAACUAUAAUAAGAUUUAAACAGCAUUCAAUAAAAUUCAAAAAAACAAAAAAAUGCACACACACAGAAAUUUUUUUUCAAUAUUCUGAUUACAAAAUUGUAAUUUUAAUUUAUUAAAAUGUUUACAUUUCUUUGUCUGUAAAUGUGUUAUUUAUGCUUGAACCAGUACUUUAUCUCAGGAAUAAGAUGGCUGCUCAGUGGAAUCAGUCUGUUAAAGGUGCAGCAGAACUGGUCUCAGGGCACUCAUCCUUCACUGUGCUGUGUCAAAUACCAGUGUUUGUACUGUGGUCUGCUGGGAAAGAAUAAAUCUUUUCUAGAAAACA